UAAGUCUUUUUGCCAGCACGCAUGAUCAGAAUCAUUAUGGACUGAUGACCUUCCAUGCCCUCAAAAUACCAGUUUAUCACAGAUCGUCAGAGAGUUUGCUUCGUUGUCAGUCGCCUGCUAAUGCUGUUGGUUUCACGGAAUCGCUGUUAAUUUUUCUUGUUUUACUAGGCAAAUAAAAUAAAGAUGACUUGCAAGCCGAAUACUCAGACGUUAUGCGCUCAAAAUCAACUGGAUCACAUGUGCGCCUUGGACACCGACAGUCGAGUGUCCUUCAUCCGUUUAUCUGGUAUCAUCUGCACGAUCGGUCCCGCAUCCAGAUCCGUAGAAAUGCUGGAGAAGAUGAUCGAGACGGGAAUGAAUAUCGUUCGGUUAAACUUCUCUCAUGGAUCUCAUGAAUAUCAUGCAAAGACCAUCGUUAAUGUUCGUCAGGCGCAAAAAAAUUUGACUGCUCGUGCUGGCAUGUACAUUCCCGUUGCUAUCGCCAUCGAUACGACGGGUUCUGAAAUUCGUACCGGUCUUCUUGAAGGCGGCGACUCGGCCGAAGUGGAAUUGGUCAAGGGUCAGACUUUUAAACUGUCAACCGACGAGGCAUACAUGAAGAAAGGAAAUGCACAGGUUGUUUAUAUUAGUUACAAGAACAUCUCGAAGGUAUUAAAAAUAGGAACACGCAUAUUUGUGGAUGACGGCUUAAUCUCCCUUAUCGUUUCUGACAUUAGUCCCGAUCUAAUCUCGACUACCGUUGAAUACGGUGGUAUGUUGGGUUCCCGUAAAGGAGUAAAUUUGCCAGGAGUAGCGGUGGAUCUUCCUACAGUGUCGGAGAAGGAUAAAUCUGAUUUACAGUUCGGUAUCGAUCAAGAAAUCGAUAUGAUAUUCGUCUCCUUCACCCGAAAUGCCGCCGCGAUAAGCGAGAUCCGUAGUAUCCUCGGCGAGAAGGGUAAAGGCAUCAAGAUUGUAGCGAAGAUUGAGAAUGAACAGGGUAGGACAAAUCUCGACGAGAUUAUCGACGCGUCUGACGGUAUAAUGGUGGAGCGCGGUGAUCUAGGGGUAGAAAUACCCCCGCAGAAGGUGUUUCUAGCUCAGAAGGCUAUGAUCAGCAGAUGCAACAAAGUCGGGAAGCCGGUGAUUUGUGCCACGCAAAUGCUGGAAUCCAUGGUGAAAAAACCACGUGCCACAAGAGCUGAAACAUCGGAUGUUGCUAAUGCUAUUCUUGACGGUGCUGACUGCGUUAUGCUAUCAGGUGAAACCGCAAAGGGAGACUACCCUUUGGAGUGUGUUCAUACAAUGGCCAACAUUUGUAAAGAAGCGGAAGCCGCGAUUUGGCAAACUCAGAUCUUUCACGAUCUAUUGAGCAAAGUUGUGCCGCCUAUUGACGCCGCCCACGCUGUUGCUAUUGCCGCCGUGGAAAUAUCUGUUAAAUGUUUGGCUAGUGCUAUCAUCGUUAUCACAACAUCCGGUCGAUCCGCACAUCUGAUCUCGAAGUAUAGACCUCGCUGCCCCAUUAUCGCGGUCACCAGGUUCUCUCAGGUCGCUCGACAAAUGCAUCUGUACCGCGGAAUAUUACCAUUGUACUAUGAAGGAGCGUCAUUAGCCGAUUGGAUAAAGGACGUGGACACGCGUGUACAAUAUGGAUUUAAGUUUGGAAAAAAACGUGGCUUCGUAAGAACUGGCGAUUCGGUAAUAGUUUUGACAGGCUGGCAAGAGGGCUCGGGCUUCACGAAUACGCUUCGUGUAGUAACUGUCGACUAAACUGGCACUGUUGAACUGGGAUAUAGGAGACAUAAUCCUCUUAUGAAGAUAUAAAUGUAAUGCGAAAAAUCAAAAAUAUGUAUGUACAUAAUUGCGUAUUAUCUUGUCACAAGUUAUAUCAGUAAAUACAGUUAUACGAGA